AUCAUGGGUUUGGUUAAUAUGAAUUAUUUGCUUGUACUUGUACUGUGUCUGGUUGCAGCUGACCCGCUUGAAGCCUUUUUCGAGCACAUCAGUGUCUCUAUAUCUAACCAACUGCCUAAUGGCGCGCCUUUCACCAUCCACUGUAAAUCGAAAGACGACGACCUCGGAACCCAUGUGAUCGGGGCGGGACAGAGUUACGAAUUCUCAUUCAGGAUCAACUUCUGGGAGACCACAUUGUUCUUCUGCGGGCUGGGGAAGCAAGGUGGGCAUGUCGACUUCGACAUCUACAAGGUCCCAUACAGGUGUGACGACUGCAAGUGGCAGGUAAGAGGGGAUGCUGUUGUCGGACUCGGUAUGGACCCUGAUUCAAAGGACAUCGUUAUUCCUUGGAAGUGAAAAUGUUCAGGGCAGGGGGGUAUUUGUAAUGAGAGAAAUCAAUAAAACCGUGCAAUGUGAUUAUGUGAACGUUAUUACGGAUGCUUGA